AAAAAAAGACGGAAGUAAGCAUAAUUGUUAACGCUGAGACGUCGACGACGGACAAAAACUCGUUGGGUUUGGAACUGUCAACAACAUCAACAUGUUGAAAGAGUUAGUAAGGGAGCGACUGAUCGCGGCCGCUGACGAAAUAUCCGGACUAUUUGAAAGAACAAUGGCGUCAUACGAGGAGCAACUUUGUCGAGCCAGAGAGGAGAGCGAGCGCCUACGCCGACAGCUGGAAAUGAUUUACAGCACGCAAAUUGUCAGACGUGCCGAAGGUACCGAGGAAGACAAUAAAGAGGUCGAGGAGCGUCCACUGCCCUUCUCCGUUAAAGAGGAAGAAGAAGAGGCUAAAGUCAGCAAGUUUCCGCUAACCGCUCUCUUCACGGAAAUGAAAAACAAUGAAGACGAAUGUCCCAAGACCACUCUUGGCGACAAGGAAACUUCCAAAACAUGCCAACAAUACUAUAUCUGCUCAAUUUGUGGUAAAGGUUUUGCUAAAAAAUCCGUAUUGAUUCGACACUUGAGAACACACACUGGAGAAAAACCUUUUCAUUGCUCACUUUGUGGGAAAAGAUUCACUCAAAAGCCAAGCAUGAUUGCCCACAUGAGGACGCACACUGGAGAAAAACCCUUUCGUUGCUCAUUUUGUGGGAAAGCCUUUACUCAAAAGCCAGGCAUGGUGUCACACAUGAGAAUACACACGGGUGAAAAACCCUUUAAUUGUUCGAUUUGUGGAGGGGGCUAUGCCCGUCGUUCCAAUUUGAAUACACACAUGCGCACGCACAAUACGGACAGAGUAAAUGUUUCAUAAUUGAUCGUAAUCGACUUUUUAAGUAAUAACAUCUGAAAAUUGCUAGCAGUUGAUUCAACAGUAAAUUUCCUUCUGUACUCAUCUUUAGCCGUUGUAAGAUGGCGGGGCAAAAAGCGGACACGUUCACUCAAAAACUUCAUCUUGUAUCACACUGACAUGAGAACACACACGGGAAGAAAAACCCGUUAGUUGCUCAGUUUGUAGUUUCUCCAUAAGUGCAAUUUGAAUGCACACAUGUGGAGAGACAAAACAAAGAAUAAAUGUUUUGCAGUAGUCCACUUUUUACUCACUUAAAAAGCUGUAAAUGUUUUAUUUCUCUUUCGGUGAGAUACACUAUAAACUGUUGUCACCUUUGUCGUACAGCACAAGACUCUAUUUUAGUAUAUUCUUUCUUGGUAAUGAUUUUUGUACAUUGUACAAUUAUGUACUUUGGACCUCUUCCCUCCUGUUGAGCCGUCGUCAAUACUGUUGCAAGAUGGCGGCCGUUUGACAUUUCAAAUACGCCUCUGUCGUUAAAGCACCACCAAAGAAGAAAAGGCGGAAAUUAGCUUAGCUGUCCUAUCUUCCACCGGACCGGAAAACGGGAAUUCAAAAGAGAGGUUGAACAUUUGUCUUUCUCUGCUUAUUGAAGCGUGUAGAAAUGUUGAAGGAGUUGGUAAGGGAGCGUCUAAUUGCGGCCGCCGAUGAAAUCUUCGGACUUGUUGAGAAAACGAUCGCGUCAUACGAGGAGCAACUUCGUCGAGCGAGAGAGGAAAGCGAACGACAUCGACGACAACUGGAGCAGGUUUGCAACGUUGUACGCGUCAAAGAUGUCAAACAGCAAUGGGGGGUCUCCAGUUCAGAUCCAGGCCAUCCACCGCCACCCAACCUUGACAGGGAGAAAAAUAAGCCACACCUCCCCCACAUUAAGAAGGAAGACAUGGAGUUUCCACUCACUGGCGUCUCUGGGGAGGAUGAAGACAAACCACUCAGGUGGAUGCAGCUUCAUCCUCACAGUCCAAGCAGAGACCACAGUGGAGGAGCACCACCAGAAAAGCUGUUAGUGCCACAGUUUGACAGUGGCAAUGUGGAACCUGUGAGGAGCGACGCGGACCAAGAAGGUGACGAAAACCAGUCAAAAUACUCUGAGACGACUUUUGGCAAGACUUCACAAACAGCUCCGUGUUUCACCUGCCCUUUUUGUUCGAAACGGUUUUCCGCCAAUUCAAUAUUGACGAUACACUUGAGAACGCACACAGGAGAAAAACCUUUUGCAUGCCCCGUUUGUGGCAAAAGAUUUGCUCAAAAACCAAGCCUCGCGACACACAUGAAAACACACACGGGGGAAAAACCCUUCAGUUGUUCCAUUUGUCAUAAAACAUUUUCUCGAAGGUAUCAUUUGGAAAUACAUAUGAGAACACACACGGGAGAGAAACCAUAUAGUUGCGCAGUUUGUGGAGUAAAGUUUCGUCAUCGGUCCAGUUUGAAGGUACACGUGCGUGUACAUAACACAGAAUGA